AUGCGGGGAUGCACGCAUGGCCUAUCAGUACAGUAUCAAGUUGCGGCCGACGGCGUUCAAGUCACCUCACCUCACCUCACCUCCACAGGUGGCACACUACAGCACUCCAUCCUACAGCACGACCUGAAAGUGCGAACUUCAAACCAGCGCAAGACCCUCCACACUACGCAAACCACCACACCAACCACAAGUUUCUCCAUCAUGGGCUCCAUCGACCAAGCCACGCCCCCAUCCUCCACCAUCCCCAUCAUCGACUUCGCAGCCUGGAGCAACAGCAGCGACGCAUGCGAACGCUUCAAGAUAUCCAAAGCUCUCAUCACCGCCUUCCAGACCGUCGGUUUCGUCUACCUCAUCAACCACGGUCUACCCCAGCCGCUCUUAGACCAAGCCUUCGCCACCUCAAAACGCCUCUUUGACCUCCCGCUCGAGCAGAAGAUGCUAGCACCGCAGCCCGAUGGGCCUGAAGUGCAUCGCGGCUACUCACACCCCGGCCUGGAGAAAGUAUCCCAGUACACCGGCGGCGAUGUAACAAAAGGCGAGGAAUUGCGAAAUGUACUUGAUUACAAGGAAUCCUACGAAAUAGGCAGCGAGGAGAACGCAUCGCAGCCAAACAUCAGGCUUCCGGGUUCCGUUCUCCCAGACUUUCGCCCCUUGACCACAAACUUCUACUGGGCUUGUAACGACAUGGCGCAAGAGAUUCUGCGAUGUAUUGGCUUAGGUCUCGGGUUGGAAGAUGCAGAAUAUCUGAUCCGGUAUCAUAGUGGUCAUAAUAAUCAGCCGCGCUUGCUGCAUUAUCCGCCCGUGCCGGCUGGAGACGUGGAGCAGGGGAAAGUGGCGAGGAUGCCGGCGCAUAGUGAUUGGGGCAGUAUCACCAUGCUCUUUCAGGAUGACUGUGGAGGCUUGGAGGUGGAGGACGCUGUUAUGGAGGGGAGGUUUGUGUCUGCGACGCCGAUAAGGGGAGCAUGCGUGGUCAAUGUCGGGGACUUAUUGAUGAGGUGGAGCAAUGAUGUCCUAAAGUCGACGCUGCAUCGUGUUACUCUGCCUCCUCUGUCGGACCGGUAUGAUGGCGCGCAGAGGAUGACGAGGGCUAGGUAUUCGAUACCAUAUUUUGUCAGUGCAGAUCCGGAGAGUCUGGUCGAAUGCCUGCCGGGUUGUACGGAUGCGGAAUGUCCAGCUAAGUAUGAGCCAGUGACGCAGCGGGAGUAUGGGAUCAUGAGGGCGAAAGUCCAGUAUCGAAGCGCAGCAGAUGCAUAG